AUGAGACACGUUAUUAGAAAUCACCUAAAUUUCGCCAAGCAUAAGCGGUGCUUUUUCGCCGACGUGGACGACGAUGCAGAAUCCGACGAGUGUGACGACGAAUUCGACGCAAAUAUGGGGAAAAUGAUCGCAGCCGACUCCGCGCUGAAAGCUGUAGCACAAAUUCAUCGGAACGCCUCAACGUCUGCAACAAAUUCACCGUCGACCACACAUCCGACACACUGUUAUACCUAUAUGCCUUUUACAGAAAAUGUAGAGAAGAUGUCUCUAUACGGUCGUUUAAACACGAAAUGCGUACGAUUAGGACUAUGA